CGAACACAAAAGAAAUUUUUGAAAACCCGAAGUGAGCGGAGUUGUCUGUUGUAAAUCAAUCAAUUUUUUGUGUUAACACUAAAAAUAAGCUUACUUUGUAAAUACAGUGUACAUAGAAUAUGAGCACACAAAUCCGUAAUAGCGGCGGCAGUCGCAAUCAAAAGAAAUCAAAUUCUGGUAGUGGAGGUGGUGGCGGAGACUCAAUUUCACAGGCUUCACACAAGAAGACGGACACGUCAAAGACAGAAAAGGAAAAAUCUCACCCAAAGCCAACAGCAGAACAGUUACGCAUUGCUCAGAUAACCAACAGCAAUACGUCAGAAGAUCCACAGAUGCGUGAAAAAGUAGCCACACUCAUAGAGAUGACACAGAGAUCUGAGGAGGAGGUCUGCUGUGCUCUAUAUGAAUGUGAUAACAAUAUGGAUAAUGCAGUGCUAUUUCUGUUAGAAACACUUCCAGUGGGAGCAUUUGAGACAUCUUCUAAGAAGAAAAAGAACAAAGCUGCAAAUGCUGCACAGGAUAAUAAUGGAGGUGGUGGGGAUGGUGAUUGGGCCGAUGGCAACGCCAAUACCGACAAACGCGAAAAAUCUCGUAAUCGCAACAGCAGUAAUCGUGGUGGUCGUGCUGGUUCGGACAGCCGUGGAUGGCGUGGCAGAGAGGCUCGUGAAAAUGAGCGCAAUUCCAGAGGAGGCGGUGGCGACCGAGAUGAUCGUACAAACGAUAACUAUCGCGGCGGCCCACGUGGUGUGGGUGGAGGUGAUAACCGCCGUGGCGUUGGCGGAGGUCGUGGUGGUGGUUAUGUAGGCCGUGGAGGUAGAGGUGGUGGCCGUAUGGGUGGCGGUCGUGGUGCCGGAGGUCGUGGUGAUCGCAGCGGCGGUGGUUAUAGUUCGCGCUACAAUAACACUAACGACGAUCACCAAGAGGUUGAGCUUUGGGACAAUACCAUAGCUCAAAAUGCCGAAAAGCAACAGCAGCAGAGUCAAGACGAUGCCUGGGGCGAUUGGGAUAAUGAGGAAUAUGUUGGCUCCCUCAAGGAUAGCAAGGUGUUCACAACGAGUAACCUACCGAAUCAGACAGCGGCCAGUGUUCUCAGUAGCGGCUUAGCCGGCAGUGGAGCUAGUGUAGGAGGCACCACAAACACAACAGGAAUGACGAGCGAUUUAAGUUCGCAACAGGGAUUGGACCAUCAUCACCUGGGCACAUCAGUGAUUGGCAGCAGUUCAAUGCAGACACAAUCACAAGGAUCUCAUUUGAAUUCCUUAGUAGGCAGCAAUGCCGUGAAUACGGGCCUUGACGAUAAUGCCACCAGCAAUUUGUCAUCUGUAACGGCAACGCCAAUUAUGCAGUACAGUGCCGCAGUAAGUAGUACGCCGCAAAUGCAACAGCCACAACAACAGUCCUCUGUUGGCGGCGGCAACUCUUUAACAGGUGGCACCAGCAGCAUAAGUGGCAGCAACUUGAGUAGUUCACAGUACGGCAGUGCCGUUGAUAGUUUCUCAAAUGCAGCAACUGCCGCAGCAAAUUUAGUGCAGCAAGCACAGCAGCAGCAUCUCGAACAACAGAUGAAGUCAUCGACUACGCUGUCGGUGGAGCAAUCACAGUAUUUCAAUUCAUUAACAUCGCAAAAUUCAGCCGGCCAAUCAGUAGUGGGUAAUGUGCAGCAACAGCAGCCCAUGGCUAGCUAUGCCCAGAAUCCAAACAGUGUGCAAUAUCCAACAUCGUAUGCUAAUGUGUUUGGUACAGGAACGAGCAGUACGGGAUCAUCAACGGCGAUAUCGUCGGAUCCUACGUCACAGAUGCAAAGUGGCCAGCAACCACAAGUGCGGCGGGCACGUGCUAAACUUCCACCUCCUUCAAAGAUUCCUUCAAGUGCAGUUGAAAUGCCUAGUGAUUCUUUAAAUAACAUCGGUUAUAUCGAUGUACAAUUUGGAGGUUUGGACUUCAAUACAGAUGAAUCGUUUGAAAAUUUGUCGGAAAAAUUCAAUACCUCUGUAACAUUGGAUAGCCAACAGACACAACAGCAGGCGCAACAAAAAUCGUUGGUGCAGUCACCGCAAGAUGUUAGCGGCUCAGCGUACGAUCAAACCAAAGCGGUUACGCAACAACAAUCGCUGACAGCAGGUUUGCCAAACUCCCAUCUGGUGGCGGAUACACUUACAGCAGCUGGCUACACGCAGCGAACUGCUUCGCAACAACAGCAACAGCAGACACAGCAAAUUAGUGGAGUAAGUGGAUCAGCUGGGCAAGGCGUGGGCGGUUCGGCUGGCUCCAAUGCCUUGGAUCAAUUAACGAAAAAUGAUCCCUAUCAACAAAACAGUACCGCUGCAACAGCCUAUCAAAGCUCUUACCAAAGCGCCGCCAAUGUCUCCAAUAAAGGUGUUGCCAAUGCGUAUCAACCGUCGGUUGCAUCUCAAGGUUAUAGUAAUUCAGCAUAUGGAAAUGUACAGUCGUCAGUUGCAAAUUCAUAUCAACCUCAAGCAUAUGGAUCGUAUCAACAAAAUUCUAUGGCUUCAUACCAACAACAACAGCAGCAGUCAGCAGCUCAAGCUGGACAGGGGGCUUCGAAUGUCACAGGAGGCUCGGCAGGGGUUGGCGGUGUGGCUAACUCAACGCAAAACAUUCCUUCAGUUGGUGGUAACAGCAGCAGUAAUAGUGCAACGGCAAACUCAAAUUCCAGUUAUCUAUCAUCGGCAUAUGGAUCGCAACAGAAUGCCUACCAGUCUAGCCAAAGUGUUUAUGGUUCAACUGGGUUGUCAAACAGUACUGGGUACACGGGCAGCACGAACACUUCGUCCUCUCAGUAUAGUAACUUUAGUACUAGUGCAAAGUUAAAGGAUCCCACCUCGACAUCGUCAAAUACUUCGCAUUACGAGAGUGUUUCGUCUAGCAAUGCCAUUAGCAAUAGUAGUGGUACAUCUGUAAAUUCCGUGUCAAGUGCAGUCAACUCCAACAAUGCAGUGACAAAUACUAACAACAAUGCCAAUAGCAGUAGUUCGAAUAGCAGCGUUGCAAACAAUGCCGCAUCGAAUGUGGUCUCGCAGUCUGCUAGCGGUGGCAGUGGUGUUGGCGGAGUUGGUAAUGUUGGCGGUGGUGUCAGCAAUAGCAGCAGCAACAGCAAUGUGAAUAGUGGCAGUGCAACCUCAGCGGGUGUUAGUGGCAGCGGCAGUGUCUCAUCUGCUGUUGCAGCAUCAUCCGGUGGUGUAUCAUCGGCGGCGAAUAAGACUGGUAGUGUAACGGGUAGUAGUGGUGCGCCCACGGGUGGUAGUGGCGGCGGAGCUGGUAGUGGAAUGGUGCCCAACAUCCAAAUGGUUAGUCAAUAUAUUCAGACUUCAUUGCCAUACUAUCAGCAACCAGUUUAUUCUUACGAGGAUUUACAAAUGAUGCAACAGCGAGUGCCACACGUGCAAGGCUAUUACGACUUGAAUUACACGACGCCCACAAGUCUUGGGGCUGGACGCGAUAAUUUGGGAUCGGUUGCCUAUUCAACCAUGACUGAUGGUCGUUUUACCAGAACUGACAAUAAUUCCAGUCCUGUUAGUAAUGUUUCAAGUACAAUGUCACAACAAGCUGGUUCUAGUGGACCUAUGCUUAAUGUUCCUUACGCUUAUUUCUAUGGCGGUAAUGUCAUGCCCGGUAGUUUUCAGUAUGGCACACCAGCUAUUUAUCCGCAAAUUCCUGCUGCUAAUACAGCUUCAGGUGGACAAUUCCCGAAACCUUCUUACAAUACAGGCUAUGGUUCAACUAACUACGAUGCUCUAUCUCAAGCCUCACAAGACUACACCAACAAAACAUACCCUUCAAGUGUGAAUCAACCCACAAAGUCCCAAAAUGUAACAAAUCCUCCUCAAGCUGGUACAGCUUCUGACAUAACUUCAUCCAUGUAUGGCAAAGGACAUGUGGCACUUAAUAAGGUCAACUCUUAUGAAAAGCAAAAUUUCCAUUCGGGCACACCUCCUCCCUUUAAUAUGGCGAAUACACAAACAGCUGGCGGUACAUCAACACAACCUUAUGGCAUGUAUUUAUCCACAAUGCCUGCUACUGCAGGUCAUCACAUGAUACAUCCACAAAUUCACCAGAUGGACGGCAGGAUUCACAAUUCAUCCCGCCGGGACUCGAACAGCACUGGUCAACGCCAACCCACAAGUAGCCAAUCAAAAUCGGCUACAAAACAAGGAUAUUCUCCAUCCUAUUGGACUGGUCAAAAUUAAGCUCAUAUUGUUUUUAUAAGACACAGCCUAUUGCAAAAAUUGAAGGCGAUCUCCUUUAAUAAUAAUUAAAAACUUUAUAUGAAUAAACACCACCACAUAAAACAAAACCAAUUACCAUGCAAUGUUUUUGAUAUGGAACAACUGAAAGUGAAAUCGUCGCCGCCGCCACAGCUGCUGCUUAACAACAAAAGAAGUUCAACAAGUUUGACAAAUGAAAAAGAAUCCCCAAUAACCAGCUCAUCCCCUGGUAUUACAGAAUAGAAAGCAAAAGCCCACAAUUCACCCAACAAAUUUACUCACCAUCAUCAUCAUCCAUACUAACGGCAAAUUAGCAUCCAUACUAUACAACUUAAAACACACGUCAACAUUGACAUUGUCUUUGUCAUUGUCGUUUAUAUACACAGUUUAAAAAUAUCUCCGUCAGUUUUUAAAAAAAAUAGUUAGUGAUCGCUAUUUAGGAAUCAAUCUUUUAAAAAUGUUUUAACCUCGUAUCUCCACCCUCCACACACUUGUCGUAGUCGUCGUUGUCUUGGUUAUUAUCAUUUUGCUAUAAUUUUACAAAAUACUUUUCAUUAUAAACAUUUAGGAUACACAACAUUAAGAGAAAAUACGCGCGUUUAGUAAUAAAUACAAACAAAACGUUUAGUUUUGUAAGAAACAUUCACCCACUCCUUAAGCCGUUACUCGUUUCCUCCAAUCCUUUAGCGGCCUAUUGUCAUGAGAAAAACCCACCAUCUUCUUCUUCUGCACAAUUCAUAAACAAAACCACACAGCGCCACGCAUUCAACAACCAACCAUUCAUCCAAUCACCAUACUAUUUGUCAUGCAUUCUCACAUCUCUUUUUAUAACAACAACAACAACAACAAUGAUAACAAAUUAUCAAACAAAUAAUUUAAUUAAAAUUAAUUAUUAUAUUAUUGCAAAGAAAACAACAACAAAAUAAAACGAAAGAAACAAAAAAAAAGAACCUAUAUAUAUAUGUAUGUACGUACCACUACUAAAAUAAACUAAAAACAAAAACAACAAUGCCCAGAAAAGAAAACCUACCAACAACAUUACAUUACAUGCAAACAAAACAAACCCCUACUGUGCGUGGGUAUAAUAAAGGAUUUAACAAGAAGAAACAAAAAUAUUAUUAAAGUUUAUAAUCUAAAAGGAAAAACAGAAAAAAAUUCACACAUCCACAAAGGUCAGUUCAAAGAAAAAGCUAAACCAUGAGUUGCAAAGCAAAAGCAAAAAUUCUUUGAACAAACAAAAGUUUAUAGAAAUACAAAAGGAGAACAGGCAAAAAUAAAAAAACAAAAACAAAGAGGAUACAAACAAACACACAGAGAAAAAUAAGCAUACUUAUUAUAAUAAAAACAAAAUAAAUUGUAAUCGGUUUAAUCUUAUAUGUAUAAUUAUAAUAAUCUUAAUAUUUAAAUUAAAUACAACAAAACAAAAAUAUGAUUGAAUCCAAAAAUUAUAAA